UUUUUUGUAUGAUUUAUUAGAACAUUUUUAAUCGCUCCUUUAUGAAUUUAGAGGUUUUGUUGUUUAUAAAUACUUUGGGGGUUUGCAAUUUUUGUAUAAAUUUACGUAUCAAAUUAUUUAUUUAUUCAUUCGUAUAAAAUUCGAAAAUUCAUAUGUUCCAUAUCAGUUUUGUCUGCGCUCAUAAAAGUAUCGAUUUCAUUAUUUAUCGAGUUUUAAGAAAUUUUUGGAAUGGGUUGAAUGUAUUUUUGAAAAUUUAUUUAUUCGUUGAAAUUAGAUUUAAAGAGCAAGCACCAUAUUAAUCCCACGUAAGCACAACCUGGAACAAUGAUGUAUAUGCGUCAGUAAAAUGGAAUAUAAGUAUUCUUUAUUAAUCAGAUACAUAAUAUAAAAUAAUACAAUUAAUAUUCGACGACGCAUCGAAGACAAAUUUCAAGAAUAUUUAAUAUUCUCCAUGAAUUGAAUACAAAAUACAAGGGAAUGUCUGUAUUUGUUCGUUACGUGAUCCUAAGCACCGUAUACAUAUAUUAGGGGUUUAGAUGUAUUGCGAUUACAAAAUCAUUCGAGUGUGCUCACCCCUGUACUCCCUCUUGCUUUUAUUGCAUUGUGCGCGAUCCGACUUUGAAUUAUUAAAACUCGAGCUAUGGCGGAAGCUAUUCUCGGCGUGUUAGUUUCGGUUUUAUCAAAUACGAAAACCAACUUAAUAGAUGGCUCGACCUUAGGUUUAAAUCUUAAGUAUAAAUGAUUAAAUUAUACAAAGACGAUCUGUGUUGCAAUUUUUUAUUACUGAAUUUUGUACAUAUUAUGUUUUUUUUAGAAGACACGUUAAAUAUGGACAUACUUAAUAUUAUACAUAAUAUUUACAAUAAAAUACGUACAAUUUUCACAAUUUAUCGCAAUUGUUAUUCGUAAAUGUAAAAAUUACCGAUGAUACAAAAAUACUGAAAUCCAUUACUUUUACAUAAUUUGGAGCAAAGCAUAAUUUAAUAAUCAAGAUCAAUUGUAUAAAUAAUAUUUGUAUUUGUCGAUAUAUUCUUACCUUACAUAUACUCUUGUAGAUAUAUCAAAUUUAUUUACAUAAAAAACGUUUUAGUGAUCCUACAAGGUACAUACUCUUACACUUCAAUAAUAACAUGACAGAAAAAUGUUUUCUUCUUUAAAACAAAUUGUCGUGUAGUAUUACUAAUAUUUUCAGUUUGCUAAUAGUUGUAUUUCAUAAGUGUUAUUACUAUGUAAUACUAAUAAAGCGCAAUGUAAUAAAUCUUAUUAGCAUUCACAUGUGGUGUCCUAAUUACAUUUCUCUUUUCCAACUUAAUUCUAUGUAAGAAAAUCAUCCCGUGAAAGGGUGAGUAUACUUUUAACCACUCAUUCAUAUUAACUCAUAUUACUCAUUCAUACAUUAACUAUUUCAUUCAGCUUCGAUUACACACGAAAUGUUAACCUAUCUUUUGUGUGUAAUACUAUGGGAUUAGCUUAUCCUCGUAUUUCUGAAUUAAUGGUAGCGUAUUAUUGAUACAGGAUGAUGAAUAACAUUCUAAACAUUAAUUUACACUGUGAUUUUGGUAAUAAAAGUGUGAUUGUAUACAUAUAUACAUACAUACACUUCAUACAUUUGUUAUUGUACGACGAUAAGUACAACAUCUAAGUUAAGUCUAGGUAGCUAGCAACACAUUGAAAACAAUACGAAGUUAUUAAGUUAGACAUGUCAGAAGAGAAGUUUGAAAGUCCAAUCGAUAAGAUGGAUGAGCCACAAUCUGAGUCUAUUGAAGAUAAAAUGAAAAUAAAAUCUGAUGAUAAAAGUAAACAGAAACAUAAAACAGAAGAAAAUACUGACAAAUCUAAUGGUCGGAACAAUGAAACUGGAAAUUGUUAUUGUGGAAAGGAAAGAAACCUAAAUAUUGUAGAAUUAUUAUGUGCUAGCUGUACGAGAUGGUUUCAUGAAUCUUGUAUUGGAUAUCAAUUGGGUAAAUUAGUACCUUUUAUGAUGAAUUAUAUAUUCAUGUGCAAAAAUUGUUCUCCCACUGGUUUAGAAAGUUUCAAAAAAAACCAAGCACCUUUUCCACAAAUGUGUGUGACAGCAAUAGCAAAUCUGUUGCAAAUGGCUCAGAAAGAAAGUGAACAAAGAACACUUUUUCAUAAGGAUAAAGACAUUAUUCCUUUCAUUGAGUGCCAUUGGGAUAGUAUGACUACAAUGCCACGGAGAGUCACUCAAUCUUGGCAUGCCACUAUACAUAGAGCACUAUUAAAAGAUGUUGGAACAUUAUUUGCUAUUGAAGAAACUGGUUCUGAUGGUCAAUUGUUUGGACUUAUGACUUCUGAUCUCCUAAUGAUUAAACCAAAUUAUGAAGCCAUGAUUAAAGGUGGUCAUUUAAAGGUAACCGAAAUGGGUGUUCAACAUGUUGUGCCACUUGGAGGACUUCGCGGUCGUAAUGCAAAACGUAAGUUUCCUGGAGAAGGAACAGGUACAGGACCUGGUAAAAAAGGCAGAGGUUCUGAUAUGGCAGCUCCUAAGCUACCUGCUCAUGGAUACCCUCUUGAACAUCCUUUUAACAAAGAUGGAUACAGAUAUAUUCUUGCUGAACCUGAUCCUCAUGCACCAUUUAGACAAGAAUUUGAUGAGAGUAGUGAUUGGGCUGGAAAACCUAUUCCUGGAUGGUUGUACAGAGGUUUAAGUCCAAGUACAGUUUUACUGGCGCUACACGAUCGAGCUCCACAGCUCAGAGUUUCCGAAGAUAGACUGGCAGUUACCGGCGAAAAAGGCUAUUGCAUGGUCAGAGCUACACAUAAUGUAUGUAGAGGAACAUGGUACUGGGAAGCAACUAUCGAAGAAAUGCCUGAAGGUUCUGCUACUAGGCUAGGAUGGGGUCAAGAAUAUGCUAAUUUACAAGCUCCACUUGGCUAUGAUAAAUUUGGAUAUUCGUGGAGAUCUAGAAAAGGGACACGGUUUCAUGAAAGUAGAGGCAAACAUUACAGUAACAGUUAUGGAGAAGGUGAUACUUUGGGAUUUGUGAUAACUUUACCCGAUACGCACGAUGCUUCCCAUUUGCCAAACACAUAUAAAGAUCGACCUUUAGUAAAGUUCAAAAGUCAUCUUUAUUACGAGGAGAAGGAUCAAGUACCUGAAGCACUUAAGGCUCUAAAACCUCUAGACGGCAGUAAAAUUACGUUUUAUAAAAAUGGUGUAAAUCAAGGGGAAGCAUUUAUCGAUAUCAACAAAGGCGCCUAUUAUCCUACAAUAUCCAUUCAUAAAAGUGCUACUGUCUCUGUAAACUUUGGACCGAAUUUUAAAUGUCCUCCAACUGAUAUCACUUUUAGAGGGAUGCACGAUAGAGCAGAAGAAGCGAUCGCAGAACAAUCUAUGGCCGAUAUGCUUUAUUUCACGGAAAACGAGGGAAAGUUAAGACUGGAUACUUUUGCUUUAUGACAUUAAUGUACUUUUUAUUUCUUUUUUAUUUUUAAUUCGAUUUUGAUUAAAUAUCUUUUACAAUACA